CGUUGUUUUGCUAAUCAAGUAGCUCGUAGGGUAGCACCGAUAACCGAGCUGUCUUUUAUAUAUCUUUUUUUUUUUUUUUUAAAUCAAUUCUGCAACCGUUUACAAGCAAACAACACCCAUGGUCAGGAUGACCCAGAAGCACUGCCUGGAGGGCCAGGUGUUCUCAGUGCCUCUCAUUCAGCCAGACCUGAGGCGAGAGGAGGCUGUCCAUCAGAUAGUAGAUGCAUUAUUAUACUUGGAGACUAUCUCGACGGAUAUUUUCAGGAGGGUGUCAGACAGUGUGGAGAAGAACCGCCGUCAGCUGCAGAGCGUCACUGACCGGAUCAGACUGGCUCAGGCCCGGGUCGACAAGAUCAAAGGCAGCAAGAAGGCCACCAAGGUUUUCUCCAGUGCUAAGUACCCGGCCCCAGAUAGACUUCAGGAUUACUCCUCUAUCUUCACUGAGGCUACAGACCACUCCGCACAAACUCGCCCCCGACACAGGAUACAAAAUAAACUCCGACCCUUUGAUGAGAAGGCCUUGCAGGAGAAGUUGAUGCAUUUCCCGGUGUGUGUGAGCAAGACGAAGAAGUCUGAGGAUGAGACCGAGGAGGGGCUGGGCAGUCUGCCGCGGAAUAUCUCAUCCGUCAGCUCCCUGUUGCUCUUUAAUACGACAGAGAACCUAUAUAAGAAGUAUGUGUUCCUUGAUCCUCUGGCGGGAGCAGUGACAAAAACACACACAACACUAGAGACAGAAAAAGAAGAGAAGCCAUUUGAUGCACCCUUGUCCAUCACAAAGAGAGAGCAACUGGAGAGACAGACGGCAGAGUCUUAUUUCUAUGUGCCAGACUUGGGCCAGGUGCCCGAGAUAGAUGUGCCAUCCUACUUACCUGACUUGCCAGGCAUCGCAGACGACCUGUCCUACAGUGCGGACCUUGGGCCCGGCUUUGCCCCAUCAGGACCCACACACAACAUCCCUGACCUGCCCUCCUUCUCUGAGGAGAGCAGCGCACCGGGGUCCCAGCUGCAACCUAAUGCUCCACCACCUCCACCCCCUCCCCCUCCACCUCCUCCUCCUCCUCCUGAACCUGCCUUCGUUCCAGCCAUUGCUGCAGGAGCUCCCCCUCCACCACCUCCUCCACCUCCACCUCCUGUCGAUAGUGCCACUGAAGUCUCUCGAGCACCAAGUUCAGGCCCUGUGUCUGGUGCUCCCAGCGAGGUUGUCGAGCCGUCAGACGGCCGUGCCAGUCUCCUGGAGUCCAUCCGCAACGCUGGAGGCAUCGGCAAAGCCAAGUUACGCAACGUCAAAGAGCGCAAGAUGGAGAAGAAGAAACAGAAGGAGCAAGAGCAAGCAGUGAGAGCAGCAUCCAGUGGUGGAGACUUCAUGUCUGAUCUCUUCAAUAAACUUGCCAUGCGAAGGAAAGGUAUAUCCGGUAAGGGUCCAGCAGGUGGGGAGUCAAGUGACGCUCCUGCUGGUACCAGCAGUGCAUUCGCCAGGAUGUCAGAUGCCAUCCCACCACUUCCUGCCCCACAUGUGGCAACAGAUGAUGAUGACUGGGAAGCAUAACGCGAUGGACAAUGAAAACUUAAAGUGCUGGUAAUGAAAGCAAAAGACAUUUCUGCCAACACUUAACAAUAUUAGAAAAAGUUUUAUUGAGAGUAGAAACUUUCAGUGUAAAUGGCCAAUAAUUGGCUGCAUUGGUUUGUUGAACAACUUGAACAAAAACACCACUAAAACGCCAGUAACAAAACAAUGUAUUGGUUCAUUGUAAAGCAUAUUUUCAUAAAAUGAAACAAGCAAAUGUUAUUAUAACCCUCACUGAAAUCAUGGAACCAUUUCACUAACAUUUUUCCAUUAAAUAAAAGUAAUUUUUGCAUUA